UACAUCGUGGUAACCAUUGUUCAGAUUCCCACAGCUUGAACCAAUGCGAGAGUAAUAAAUCUGAGAAAAUUCCUGAGGAAUAACAUCAGGGCGGGAGUCUGGCUGUCGCCUUUGUGUGCCUUUAAAAAGCUUCUUGCUCUUCAGUUUGGGUAUCGCAGAGAGCAGCAGACGCCUGCCAACACCAUCCCCCAGAUCAGGGCAGUCAGGAGACACUCUCUCCACCUUCAAGGCAGACAGCACUCUGAUCAGGAGAGAAAAACACUCGCUGAACGCAGGAUGAAGAAGAAGUUGAUCCUUGACUUGGACACAGGGGUGGAUGAUGCUCAGGCCAUCAUGGUGGCCCUCACAGCCCCCGAUGUGGAGGUUUUGGGGAUCACCUGCUGCCACGGGAACACGCCCCUGGAGAACGUCCUGAAGAACACGCUGCGCGUCCUGAAAGUCUGCAACAGGCUGGAUAUCCCGGUGUUUCGUGGCUGUGCGGAGCCCCUCGUGGAUAAAAAACGCCACGCUGGGGAUUUCCACGGGAAGGACGGGCUGGGCGACGUCCCGGAUCCUGACGCUCCAGGCCUGGAGCUGCUGCAGGAGCAAAAAGCUUCAGAGGCUAUUGUCAGGAUGGUGAAGGAAAACCCUGGAGAGGUGACUCUAGUGGCCACGGCGCCCCUCACUAACCUGGCAGAAGCGGUCCAACUGGAGCCUUCCUUACCGGAGAAGCUGAAGGCGCUCUACAUCAUGGGAGGAAACUGUGAAUCCAGAGGUAACACCACGGUGUGUGGAGAGUUUAACUUCGUGGCCGACUCCGAGGCCGCACACACCGUGUUGGACCGCUACACCUGCCCCACCUACAUCGCCACCUGGGAGUUCAGCUGCAGGAACAGCCUGCCAUGGUCUUUCGUUGACGUUUGGUUGGCCCAAGACACCGACAAGGCUCGCUUCAUGGACAAGAUUUCCCGCCACACCAGGAAGAUGGUCCAGACUGAGCGGUAUCAGAAGGAGCUGGUUGCAGGACCCGGGUUCAACUCCUGUGACACCUACGCCUUGGCUGCAGCCAUCGACCACACUCUGGUGACGGAGAGCGAAGAGGUUGCGGUGACGGUGGAGUUGGAGGGGACCUACACCCGGGGCAUGAUGGUGCUGGACUACAUGGACCUGCUGAAGAAGACGCAUAAGGCCACCAUCCUGAAGAAAGUGGACUUGGAGCGGUUCAAACAGAUGUUGAUGGAUGCGCUGAAAUAAACUUCUGAGCCACGCUUCAUCUUUACAGGUCACACAUAUUCAGAUAAACGAUUCCACGUUCAGUCCACAGCACAAAGAACUCAAUAUAAGCCGGAGCACCCACAUUUCUUGAAGUAGCAAGCAGGAUGAUGAGAUGUUUCGUUUUUUUUAACACUGAAGUCACUCUGUAGGUAAUAAACUCACUGUAAUUUCUCUCGGAAAAGUCGA